GUGACGUUGCUGGGAGCCCGGCGGCCGGUCCCGCCGAGCGCGGAGGGACCGGUCCCGCGCCCGGGGCCGCGAUGGACCCGGCGGCCGAGCACCGGCAGCAGCUCCGCAGCCUGCGGGACUUCCUGCUGGUCUACAACCGUAUGACCGAGCUCUGCUUCCGCCAUUGUGUCUGCAACCUCAACUACCGGCUGCUCACGGGCCGCGAGGAGUCGUGCCUGGACAGCUGCGCCGCGAGGCUGGUCCGCGCCAACCACCGCCUGAUGGGCGCCUACGUGGGAUUGGUGCCGGCAAUGCUGCAGCGCCGCGCAGCCGAGUACGGGGCACCAACGGGGCCAUCCGGACUCCCGGCCUCCCGUGACCGGGCCCCGGGCCCUGCGGAGUCCUUGCCAGACGCUCCCGCUACCGGCACAUAGCACCUGGCUACAGCUCCCCACGGCAGUCGGACGCGACUGGUACCGCCCCUGCCCUGCAGCAGCAGGAGCAGCUGCAUCCUCACUGCGCUGGAGCUCCAGUCCAGAGCAACAUUUGGCCCCAGGAGUCCCUAGCAGUGGCUGGGCUAUGCAGGGCACUGGGGAUGGGGGCACAGGAAAGCCUCCUCCUAGUUCCCGUGGUUGUGGACUUCUAGAAAGUGGAUUGUUAGUCCCAAUAAAACAUCUUUACAGUAAUGGCUAAGUGUGACAGGUGGGGAGGGCACCAGAGCCCUGGCCCCUGUUCCCUGUGCUGGGAACACACACAACUGGGAAUCCAGGGAAUCACACCUGAGACAGACGUUUCCCUGCAGGACUCCACUGUGAGC